UUACAUUGGUUUUCCCUUUUGUUCCAGGUUAAUUGGGUGGGGCAGCAGAGGUUUAAAAGCUGAAAUUUGUGUGAGAGAAGCAAGGAACACAAUCACUAAGGAUGGUUGACGCUGUUGUCUCCUUCAUAGUCGAUAGACUUGGUGACCUUCUCAUCAAACAAGUAGUUUUUUUUACGAGGAGUGAAAGAUGAUGUUGUAUGGUUGAGAAGCCAAUUGCAGUAUAUGCUGUGUUUCUUGAAAGAUGCAGAAGAAAAGCAAGAUGUCGACAAUCGGAUGCGCAAGUGGAUAACCGAUAUUAGAGAUGUUGCUUAUGAGGCCGAGGAUAUUGUUGACAACUUCAUCCUUAAAGUUGAAGCAGGGGCUCCAAAGAAGAUGGGGUUAAAAGAUUGUUUUGAGAAGUAUUUUUGCAUUUGCAGCAAACAUGCUAGCCUCGUCCAAUAAGCAAAUCUUUAUGGUAUUGGACAGGAAAUAAACACACUGAAGACCAAGCUCACUCAGAUCGAACAAAGUCGAGUAACUUUCGGUAUAAGAAGUAUUGAUGAUGCAAGAGAACAAUCCGACCGCAUGAAUAUGACAGAAAAUUGGCUACGAAGAGAAUGCCCGUAUAAAGACAAUGAGCAUGUUGUAGGCUUUAAGGAGGAUGUUGACAAAUUGACGUCUGAACUUAUCAAGAAAGUGAAAGAUCGGUAUGUGAUCUCAAUCGUGGGCACCGGAGGCUUGGGUAAGACAACUAUAGCUCGGAAGCUUUACAACACUCUUAGUCGUACACAAAAAUUUGACUGCUAUGCUUGGCUUUCUGUGUCCACUGAUUACAAAAUCCAAGAUCUUCUUCGAUCAACAAUAAAAUCUUUCAAAAGGCCGACCACCAAAGAGGAAUUAGAGUUUCCAGAGAAGAUGACAGAGGAAGAUUUGGAGCCUCAUUUGCAUGAUUACUUGAAAGGACGUCGAUAUUUGGUGGUGUUAGACGAUGUAUGGGACGUAAAUGCUUGGCCAAGCUUGAUGAGAGCAUUUCCAGAUGAGAAUAAUGGAAGCAGAGUAAUCAUGACAACCCGUAACAAAGUGGUUGCUGAGGCUAGCAAUGAGAGAACAUAUGUCCAUGAGCUCUCAUUUUUAAAGGAUGAAGAAAGUUGGGAAUUGUUUUGUAGAAAAACAUUUCAUAACUAUGACAACAAGGUUGGAGACGAAAAAAGUCAUUGCCCUCCAUGCUUGGAGAGUUUGGCGAGAGAGAUGGCCAGCAAAUGUCGUGGCUUACCCCUAGCCAUAAUCGUAUUGGGUGGUCUACUGCGAAAAAAAGAUCCUGACGAGUGGCCAAAGUUCAAAGAGCACAUGUGGCACCACGUAAGGGAUGAUGGCUCAAAUCGUGUUCAACAUAUAUUGGCUUUAAGUUUCAACAAUUUGUCUUAUCACUUGAAAUCAUGCUUUCUUUACUUGGGUUUGUUCCCGGAAGACUUUGAAAUCAAUGCAAAGAAACUCUGUCAAUUGUGGGAGGCAGAGGGUUUCAUAAAACUAGGCGAAGAAUAUUUUGAGGAGGCGGAGGCGUACUUGAGAGAGCUAAUUGAUAGAAGUUUGAUACAAGUGGCGAAAAGAAACUGGAGGAGAAUCAUGACAUGCCGAGUGCAUGAUCUGCUUCGUGAUUUUGCUAUCGAAAAAUCGAAAGAGCUAAAUUUUCUUCAAAUCUAUGGAGGAAGACUCGAUCCCAACAGUCGAAGACUAGCUUUUAAUUGUGGACUUCCGAGGUUUGUUUCGUUGGACAUUUCAGAUAUGCAUUUACGAACCCUCUUGUUUUUCAAUUUAGAAAAUGAAGAUCGGAAAAUAGCACAGUUACAGUCUUCAUGUAGGAAGUUGAGACUACUAAGAGUGUUAGAUCUUGAGCACCGUCAACUCGAUCGCUACGAAGUGCAAGAGAAGCUGCCUGAUGAAAUCGGGAAAUUAAUUCACUUGAGGUACUUGGGGUUAUGUGGCACCCAUAUAAAUGCUCUCUCACAGUUCAGAGUUAAUUUUCAUGCCCUGCAAACCUUGGAACUGAAUACAAGUCCGUACCACGAUCCAAUACAGUUACCUAAUGAGAUAUGCGAAGCAAAGCAGCUCAGACAUUUAAUUGGAGUUUUCAAUUGGCCGUUUCGAGUGGACAAUAUGAAAAAUCUUCAAACUCUCACAAAGGUUUUUGUCGAGGACCAAAUGGAAUUUAACCCAAUAGACAUGGUCAAUCUUCGAGAGCUUCACGUAUGUUAUGUCCGAAAGGAUGAAAAAAGAUGUACACUAUAUUCUAUUGGUGGAUUAAGAAGCCUCCAAUCAUUGCAGUUAGAAGUUUCUGUUGGAACUUGGGCAAGCGAUGUUACUGAAAAUCCUAUGCCCAUGUUGGAGAAGCUUCCAAAAUUAACAAUUCUCUGGUUAGCUGGUUAUGGGUUGGCUUGUCGAGGAAAUAAAUUGGUUUGCACCGCUGGAGGAUUCCCUCAACUCGAGAUCCUACAACUUUCGUACUGUAAAGUGAAUGAGUUCCAAGUGGAAGGAGGAGGAAUGCCUAUGCUUAAGGGUGGAAAGUAUAGACAGAUGGAGCUGAUGUUUGGUACUAGACAAGCAUCUGCAGACGGCGGGCAACUGGUUGUUUGGGAGAUGUUCACGGGAGCUCCGGACAGAGGAAUGGAGAUGGAGACCAGACGAUGCAUCACUGAGAUCUCUUCCUUUGUGGAUUUUGUGAUUGAAUUCUCUCUAUGGUACACGGCCGCAUGA